CACCAGCAAUGGUCUCUUUGGUGCUUCCAAGUCUUUGCAAAGUUUCCAAGUUUUCCUUGAGUAUGAAGACAAUUUUAAAGACCUGCUAUGUUAGUGUGACUCUGGAUCCAGAUACAGCUCAUUAUGAGCUAACUCUGACCGAAAAUCAGAGACAAGUGACUCAUGGGAGCCCUUCAAAGAAGUCUAAGACUCCUAAGAGAUUUAGUGUCUCUCCCUGUAUGCUGGGCUGUGAGACCUUCACCUCAGGAAGACAUUUCUUUGAAGUGAAUGUUUAUCAAAGCACUGACUGGGAUGUAGGGGUUUGCCUGGAAAAUGUGCCCAGAGAUAGUCAGAUUAUUUUGGGUCCUAUAUAUGGAUUCUGGGCCAUAAGCCGGAGAAAAUCAUUAGGCUAUUUUGUUAAUAGCAUUUCCUUAGUUCCCCUUGAUCAAGAGAAGGUCAGUUGGCAUGUAGGGGUUUUCCUGGACUGUGAGUCCAGACAGGUGUCCUUUUACAACAUGAAUACUAGCUCUUGCAUCUUUACCUUCAAGAAUGCCUCCUUUUCAGGGGUCCUCAAACCCUACUUCUGGGUUUGCAAAGGUUCAAUUUUGUGCCUUCCUCCUCUAGAAAAGUAAAGAAAAAAGCAAAGUUACUUGUAUUAGUUUAUUUUUAUGUUUCUUUAUAUGGAGGGCCACUCAUCCAGUGGUGCUAAGGGCUUUACUCCUAAUUCUGGGCCCAGGGAUCAUUUUUAGUAGAACUCAGGAGACCAUAUGGGGGUAUUGGGAAUCAAACUCAGACUGAUCGUGUGCAAGGCAAGUACUCUACCUACUGUACUA